GCAGGAGAACUAUGAGAAUGUGACCUUGCUGGGAUUUCCAGUUUCCAAACCUGAUGUGAUCUCCCAGCUGGAACAACGGGAAAAGCCAUUGGUCCCAGACCUCCAGCAUUCAGAAAAAAGAGAGAUCCUGAGAGUUCCCUGCACAGCAGGUGACGCAAUGGUAUGUGAGAAAGAGAAGAAUUCUCAGCAGGAAAAUGUUGAGCAAGUGGAUAAACACAGAGAAUUAUCACAAAGGUCAAAAAGAAAUGUGUCCUGGAGUCAUAAGCAGGAAAAAUCCAGUGAAAUUCAGCACAGACCAGAAAAAGAGCAGCCAGGGGAGAAAAUGGGUAACUGUAUUUCCUGUCAGGAAACUCGGAAGGACCUCAAGGAAACCACAACACACCAGGAAAUCCUGAGCGGAAAGAGAAAAAAUACGUGCACUAAGUGUGGAAAAAAUGUAUGUGAUUACUCCAUCCUUAUAAAGCAUCAGAGAAUCCACACAGGGGAGAGGAGGCCCUAUGAAUGCAGUGAGUGUGGGAAAAGCUUCACUAGAAGCUCAGGCCUUUAUCAACAUCAGAGAAUCCACACAGGGGAGAGGCCCUAUGAAUGCAGUGAGUGUGGAGAAAAAUUCAGUCGCAGCUCAGUCCUUAUUAGGCAUCAGAGAAUCCACACAGGGGAGCGGCCCUAUGAAUGCAGUGAGUGUGGGAAAAGCUUCACUAGCAGUUCAGACCUUUAUCAACAUCAGAGAAUCCACACAGGGGAGAGGCCCUAUGAAUGCAGUGAGUGUGGAGAAAAAUUCAGUCGCAGCUCAGUCCUUAUUAGGCAUCAGAGAAUCCACACAGGGGAGCGGCCCUAUGAAUGCAGUGAGUGUGGGAAAAGCUUCACUAGCAGUUCAGGCCUUUCUAAACAUCAGAGAAUCCACACAGGGGAGAGGCCCUAUGAAUGCAGUGGUUGUGGGAAAAGCUUCACUAGCAGCUCAGGCCUUUAUCAACAUCAGAGAAUCCACACAGGGGCGAGGCCCUAUGAAUGCAGUAAUUGUGGGAAAAGCUUCACUAGCUGCUCAGGCCUUUAUCAACAUCAGAGAAUCCACACAGGGGAGAGGCCCUAUGAAUGCAGUGAUUGUGGGAAAAGCUUCACUAGCAGUUCAGGCCUUUCUAAACAUCAGAGAAUCCACACAGGGGAGCGGCCCUAUGAAUGCAGUGAGCAUGGGAAAACUUUCAGUCGCAGCUCCAACCAUCUUACCCAUCAGAGAAUCCACAUGGGGGAGAGGCACUAUGAAUGCAGUGAGUGUAGAAAAUGCUUCUCUCGUAGCUCAGCCCUUUCUCAACAUCAGAUAAUCCACACAGGGGAGAGGCCCUAUGAAUGCAGUGAGUGUAGAAAAUGCUUCACUAGGAGCUCAGACCUUUAUCAACAUCUGAGAAUCCACACAGGGGAAAGGCCCUAUGAAUGCAAUGAGUGUGGGAAAAGCUUCACUAGGAGCUCAGGCCUUUCUAAACAUCAGAGAAUCCACACAGGGGAGAGGCCGUAUGAAUGCAGUGAGUGUGCGAAAACCUUCAGUCGCAGUUCACACCUUAUUAGGCAUCAGAGAAUCCACACAGGGGAGAGGCCCUAUGAAUGCUGUGAGUGUGGGAAAAGCUUCACUAGCAGUUCACACUUUAUUACGCAUGAGAGAAUCCACACAGGAGAGAGGCCCUAUGAAUGCAGUGAGUGUGAGAAAAACUUCACUAGCAGCUCAGGCCUUUCUAAACAUCAGAAAAGCCACACCAGUGAGAGGACCCCAUAAAUGCAGUGAGUGUGGGAAAACCUUCUGUUGGCACUUAGCCCAUGUUAGUCAUCAGACAAUCUGUAAGGAAGAUGAACACCAUAAAAACCUCUA